GAGGAACGAGAGACUUAUAGGGAUAAAUAGGACUGACCCUGGACAUCCCACGAAAAUAAAAAAAACAUAUAAAAACUAACCCCUCGACAUUGAAGUGGAGGUUUAUGUCUAUUCCAAUCUGCUCUUCCUGCCUGUGCUCUCCCUUUCCCCGUACCUUUCUUCUGCCAAUUGCCUGCAAAGCCUGUGGUUUUCUUCCUCUUCCUCGCCGUAUACCAGUCCCGUACCGCCGAGCUAGGCAAGCCCAACCAAUAUGUCCAACGCCCUCCCUCAGCCAAGUGCAAAGGUGCCGCAGACCGAGUGGUCUUCACUCGAUGAGCAGCGAGAACACAAACCCUCAACUGGUUCUCAUGUAGCUCUGCCAUCUUUCAGCAAGCUCGCCAACCCAGCCCCUUUGGGCCUCUUCGGGUUCUCGAUCACAAGUAUUGUGGUUGGGCUGUACAAUUGCGGUGCAGGACUGCCCAACUCCAAUCCACGAGGAAGCUCCGGUCCAGAUCAAGCUGCCUUUGGCCUUGCGUUGUUCAUGGGAGGUAUGAUCCAGAUCAUCGUCGGCUUCAUGGAGUUCCGGUCCGGCAAUACUCUGGGAACCACCAUCCACUCUUCGUACGGCGCAUACUGGAUGGCCUAUGCAAUGCUCAAGAUUCCUGGAUUGCACAUACGUGAGGCAUACGGGGAUGAACGGUCAUACACAUUCGCACUCGGUAUAUUCCUCAUCAUUUGGGUACUUCUGACGAUUGUUUUCAUGGUUGCGUCACUGCAUUCCAACAUCUUGUGUCUGCUUGUGUUCGUAUUCCUUGCGCUGUCGUAUCUGUUCGCCGCCAUAGCCAAUUUUAUCGCAACGUCACUCCCCGAGCAGAGCAUCCAGAUAAAUAAAGUCGGAGGUGGAUGCGGUGUUGUCUGUGGAAUGAUAGCGUUUUACUGUGCAGCUGCAGGGUUGAUGUCGCCUGAAAUGACCCCUGUACGGCUUCCGUUAGGUCCUGCUCCAUGGGCUAAGGAGCAUAUAGUGUGAUAGCAAUGUACUGCACCUCGGUGCCGCUAGCUUCUCUCUUUCAUUGAAGGGAUCGGCUGAACUUCUUUUCUCCCUUGUCUGUGCGAAUUAGCGAGCGUUUUGCAUCUUGUCUUUUCAUUGGAACAAAAUCUGCAUAGCAAUAAUAAGUUAAUGAAUCUAUCAGCAUUCUUGCUACUCAAGCCAGGUGAUUCAGGCCCGUCAACAUUAAGAAUUCAGUUAAACAACUAGCGGUUGUUCUGAUGGCAUAUAGGCAUUGACCUGCAGUGUCUAUUCUUUGCAAGAUCUCACGGCGCAAUCAUUCAACGCUGCGCCUUGCUUGUUCCUUGAUUCUCCAGAGGCCUCCAAGGUGGGAACUCAGAAACUGUGUCGUAUUCGACACUUUGGUAGCAGAGAGUCAAGAUAGCUUUGCGCAACACAUAUGCCAGCUGAAGGAAUAGCAUGUGCCGUAGAUAGCCAUGGAGCAGGUACAGAAUAGCCAUUGGAUUCCAUAUGAAUUAACCGCAGCACUGCCGUCAUAUCCUGGGCCUUAGUUGAAAGUGUGAUAUAAGUGUGAUAUAACUAAGAUAUAGCCCGGGAUUGCUGCGAGAUCGUUGAAAAGUUGAUAGACACCUGAGGGACAGUUACAGGGUGCAUACACAGAACAUCGACAAGGAUAGCCCUGACUUGGGAGCUCCGUUCCUCGGACUUGCUGCGAGAAUGUCCCAUCAUUGAAGGGACCUUUUGACAGAUGCUGGCAAGCUGCAGCAAGUUGCCGCCGUCAGUCAAGCCUUCGACCUUGCAGCGAGGUAUCAGAAAAUAAGCCUCAAGUAACAGUUAUAUCUUUGACGGUGAAGAAUUCAAAGACAUUGACGAUGAUUUGGAGGAAACAAUGGGAGGAGAGGAGAGUUCUCUCUGGAGAUCCUUGCUUCAUCAUGGAAACUGGAGCUGUGAUAUUUGUACCGUGUGUUAGGGGUAGUUAAGGCCGGUCUGUCUGUCACCAGCCAUCAACGUGAUCGACAGUCCGUUUCAAGGGGAGCAGGUGUACGUGCUUAGUGUGUCCCAUGCAGUGUCCACAGAGAUUCCAAAGAUUUUCGGCUUAACAAGCCACACGGUGUUGUGGUAGAAAAGGGGCCGGGGAAUCGCAGGAGUUGCAGGCGGCUCUAACGACCAAGUCAUGGGAGCUCAACUCAACCAUGUAGUUAUCAGCCUAUUAUUCAUUAUACUUGACACGCUAAAGGCAUGCUGGAUGCAAACGGAUAGCUCUUUUCCGUGAUCGAAGUAAAGCCAGCAUUACUGACAUAUUCUUCGAGCUUGGGCGCUAUCUUCAUGAAUUUGCCAAAUUUCUCAAGCCGCCAGGUUGAACUAACUAACUCCGCUUCUCUUGGUUGGCCUUCUUCUCGCGAAUCAUGCAGUGUCCAGGCCGAAUGACGAAAUGUGCUACUCUGUACUGGCGACUCGCUGCGGCCUGUUGAUGCCAUGACAAGCAGUCCUGAUCCCCUAUGAAUGAGCCUUCUAUGGACACCGUUGUGGGAGAAGCGGCCCGGAUGA